CAAGCCCUUGUGUGACGUCAGUCUGCUUUACAGUCAACGCUGGUGCACUUUCUUUGCCGAUCGGUGUAAUGGAAGCCUCGUUGAAGCAGAAACAUAAAAUCUGUCGUUUGUGCCUCCAGCGAGGUCCCAAGGAGAGAACUGUUCACGAAGUUGAGUCCGUGGUUCCUGAUCACAAGAUGGCGGCGUCGCUGGACGAACUGGUGCUGAGGGUCGGGGGUUGUGGUAGGUUCCAGGUGUUGCUGCUGAUAUUGGUGCUUUCACCCAUCCCCAUGGCAGUCUGGAGCAUGCUGCACAUGGUCUUUGGUUCCGUGGAACCCGACUGGUGGUGUGGGCCCCACGCGGGGUCUUUGAACGAGUCCCGGCGACCCACCACCAAGAUUUCUGAGGAGGGACUGGAGAGUCUGGACACCUCCCAGGUCUUAGACCGGCGCAACUGUAGUGCCAGACGUGACCCCACGUGUGAUGUGAUUGUAUUUGAAGCGGGGAAUUAUACUGUUGUAUCAGAGUUUCAGUUAGUCUGUGCUCUGUCCUGGGUCCCUUCUAUGAUCAUAUCACUGCAGAUGGUUGGAGUUCUGUUGGGGGCUACCGUGGCCGGUCAGAUCGGCGACACUUUUGGGCGAAAAAAGAGUCUGUACCUGAUGACCUUUCUGCACUCUGUCUUCAGCCUGCUGGCUGCCUUCUCUUCUUCCUGGACCAUGUUUGCUGCUUGUAGGAUGCUGAUAGGAUUCUCCAUCGGCGGCAUCAUUGCCACAGGGUACGGGUACCCAGCAGAGUUCCUGUCCAGUAAGUGGCGAGCUCUGAUUGCUGCGGUGCCGGUGUGGGGGGUGGGUGUGGUGACCUUUAGCUUGAUUGUGUGGACUUUACGUGACUGGCGCCACCUCCACAUCACCACAGCUGCGUGCAGCGCCGCCACCCUCCCGGGAUGGUUUUUCGUACCAGAAAGCGUCCGGUGGCUGGUGACCAAAGGCCGGACACACCACGCACAGCAAGUGUUACAACGGAUAGCGAGGUUUAACGGGCGACCGGUACCGGAAGUGACGAUACCAGAGAACUUCCUGUCCAGUGACGUCGGCGUGUAUACACAUACAUCCAUAUCUUUUCUUCCUGGAAAGGUUUUCUGCUCGAUGACUUACUACGGCAUAUCCUUUGGUAUCAAGAACUUGUCCGGCGAUUUUUAUCUCAACCUUCUGCUCAUGGCUGUCUUGGAGAUGCCGCCCAACCUCGUUAUGGUGAGCCUCUUGAACUGGAACAUCGGCAUGGGCUACCUGAACACAGUGGCCAGGAUUGGCGGCAUUCUGGCGCCUUACAUCCUGUUUCAGGGCAAUGGCAGUGGUUUUGGAUUCUACGUCAUAAUUGCUGUUGCCAUGGUGCUGAAUGCAGCAGCUUGUCUGUUGCUGCGGGAGACUGGUGAUGAGUCGUUGCAGGAGUACAUCGAGGAGACAAACGCGAUGGAAGUGAGGCCAGGAGAUGUCGGCAUUGUGGAAACGAACUCAAACCGCAUUGCACGGCGGCGCCACGUGACCUUAUUUGACCUUUGUCCUCACCCUAACCUCACAGGAGGCAGGUCUGGCCACCACUCCGACAAUUUCAGUCGAGAAAGACUCAUGGAUGCGGUGUUUGACCAUGUCGGGGGCUGCGGCCGCUUCCAGGUGCUCUUCGUCAUCCUCAGCCACCUCGUCAUCCCUGCCACCGUGUGGAGCAUGAUGCACAUGGUCUUUGGUGGCCUGCAGCCCGAGUGGACAUGUGGGUCACGUGACUAUGAAGCCACUACAGCCAUGGACAGGAGCGCUGGUCAUCAUUCGCACGAAAACUACUCACGACCGCACUUGUGGAAUGUCACAGGCAUGGCUACCCCCCAGGGCAGCUCUAACUCCUCCCACGUGUGUGAGGAUGUCGGUGUUCAGUGCAAGCAGGUCAUGUUUGCGCCUGGAAUAAACACAGUCGUGUCGGAGUUCCAGUUGGUCUGCCAGUUGUCCUGGGUGCCUACGAUGAUCAUCUCGGUACAGAUGUGCGGGGUGCUGGUUGGAGCCGCGGUGUCGGGUCAGCUGGGGGACAGCAUCGGGAGGAAGAAGUGUCUCCUGUCCAUGUCUGUUCUCCAAGUGACUUUUAACCUCGUUGCUGCCUUCUCUGUGUCAUGGGAAAUGUUUACUGUCCUGAGGUUUAUGAUUGGCUUCACGGUGGGCGGUCUCCUAGCCUCGUCCUUCACCUACCCGACGGAGUUCGUGGACAUCCGGCACCGCGCGGCGCUGGGUGCUAUCCCAGUCUGGGGCAUCGGCUCCAUCACCUUCAGUCUGGUCGUGUGGCUCCUCCGUGACUGGCGACACCUCCACAUCGCAACAGCCCUCUUCACCGCCAUAUCACUCCCCGGCUGGUGGUUUCUGCCGGAGAGCGUGCGGUGGUUGAAGACCAAAGGUCACGCGCAGCAGGCGGAGCGCGUCUUGCAGCAGGUCGCCCGCUGGAACCGUCGCUCCAUGCCCGGCAAGGAACUCCUCAACACACUGGACCUCCCCCAGGAACAGGCCAAGAAGACCUACACCUACCUCCACAUCUUCAAACCUCACCUUGCCAAGGCUACACUACUGGGCGGCUUCAUGUGGUUCGCAUGUUCUCUCACCUACUAUGGCAUCUCGUUCGGUAUCAGGAGUUUGUCUGGAAACUUCUAUCUUAAUCUUCUUCUCAUGUCGGUGGCGGAGCUUCCCCAGUAUUUGCUGAUAUUCCACGUGGUGAACUGGCUGGGUCGCCGGUGGGCGUGCUUCUGGUCCUUCCUGAUUACAACGCUCAGUAUUCUAACGGUCAUCCCCAUCUCUUUGCUCAUGUCCCCCGAGGAGAGCGGCAGUUAUGUCAACGCUCUGUCCAUGGUCGCCAAGAUGUUCCUGGGCUUCGGCUGGAGUGCCCUCGGGAUCUUUGUCGUGGAGUUGUACCCCACAGUGGUCAGGAAUAUCAGCCAGGGCUACUGCAACACCACAGCGCGUAUUGGUGGCAUACUGGCUCCAUACAUUCUGAGUGGGGACAAAACGUAUAUUUUCUACGUCGUCAUAGGCGUUGUCAUGGUGAUAACCACCAUCGCGCCACUCAUGCUGAAGGAGACGCGGGGACGCCCUCUAGCGGACACCUUUGAAGUCAGAGUCCAAGCCCCGGAGAUCCAACAAGGACUGAGACCGUUAGUCAAAGGACCUGUCCUCACACGUGACAGCAGUGUGUCAACUGGUUGUCAUGACAACAGCGUCAACAAUAUUCAAGUCACGUGACGAGAAAUCAAGCGCAGUGACAGUUGAAUUUACAGGAUGAGGCGUGAUGUAGAUGUGAAAGGUUUUUUGUUGUUUUUAUUUAACUUACUUCAUUCCUCCAACACAUUUUAUUCAGAAGAUUCUGUAUAUUUUUUCC